AUGACCAUGAGGGAAAACGGAUUCAUCGAUAUGAAGUACAGGGAACUGGAAAGAAACAGCAAGAAAGCGAUGACCCUCGCCUUACAGUCAUUCAACAUGAAAGCUUAUAAUUUGAGUAUGGAACACCUUGAAUGUGUAUUUUUGUUCUAUUGUAUAGCUGCUGUGAGCACUUUCGUGUUUUGCGACCAAACUGUAGAAUCAUUUGCACUUGAACUUGAAUAA